AUGACCGAACACAAUGUCGGUGGAUCCAAUUCGAUUCGUCCAGAAACAGGAACAUCGAAAGGAAACAUCUUUUACAAGACUCGUUUAUGUCAUGAAUUUGCGAAAGGUAGAUGUUUGAUAAGUGAAAACUGUAAUUAUGCUCAUGGAUAUGAAGACCUAAUGGAGCCGCCAUUAAACUGGCAAGAAACAGUUUAUAAGAAAGAGUUAGAGAAAGCUCUUGCGAAUUGGAACGAUGAAGAAAACAUAGUUCGAAGGAUGAAUAUCUGUAGAAGAUUCAUCUAUGGAGGAAACAGAUCAUGUUCUAACGAUAACAACUGUAUUUUCCUUCACGAACACCCAUCAAAAUUUAAGGUAGCUGACGUGAGCAUGUUGAUGAAAACCCUGACGAGAGAGAGAGACGAUACUGUUAUAAGUAUUCAAAAUUCUGAUCUUGUUUUUCCAGAUAGGAAUAUUCCUAUUAACUUUUGGAAGAUUAGGCUUUGUACCAAAUGGGAGAUGACUCGUUGCUGUCCUUAUGGCGAUUCAUGUCAGUUUGCUCAUGGCUUGUUGGAAUUACGCAAACCGGGUAACGGCGGAAGCACCAGAGAAGAUGUGGCGGCGCCGGCGGAGGAGGCCGUUGAGAAGACCGGAGAAGUUGAGAGUUGGCAGACAAGGUGGAGGAAGAAGUUGCCGAGAAAGAUUGUUGGGAUUUAUGGAGAUUGGAUAGACGGCAUGUCACCACCAAGGGAGUAG